CCCGAGGUUGGGCCUAGUAAUAGAAAGUGUGACCAUAAAUAGGGCAAAAUGAACGACCCAUUCAUCAUGUUUCGGCCCACCAUCGUAUUCACCAUCCCUCCGCCACAACUACCGAGUCUGAUUCAUUCUACUUCACAGCAAAACCAGCAGAGUCGUCAACAAUCGGCGAACCAUGUCGACCCUAAUGCGCAGAGCCACCUCCAACCUCCAUCUCUAUCGCACCCACCGCUUCCACACCUCCACGGCUCCACAAAUCAAAGACACCGGUCUCUAUGGCGUCGACUACUUGAAAGCUCCCAAAGGCUUUCAACGUUUCGUCGACGAAGCCAUCGAGCGGUCUGGUGAGCUCAUUAAUUACAUUUCUGGGAUGUCUUCAUCUGCAGAAAUCCUCCAAGCCAUGGAUGAGAUAUCAGACACAGUCUGUUCAGUUGUGGACUCAGCCGAACUGUGUAUCCACACUCAUCCAGACAGGGAAUUUGUUGAGGCGGCGAACAAAGCGUCAAUGAGAAUUAACGAAUAUCUACAUUAUCUCAAUACAAACCAUUCCCUAUAUAAUGCGGUGAAAAGAGCUGAGCAAGAUGGUAGCUUGCUAACCCAAGAAGCUCAAAGGACAGCUCAUCACCUUCGUGUUGACUUUGAGAAGGGCGGAAUUCAUCUUUGUGCUGAAAAGUUGGAUCGAGUUAAUAAGCUAAAUAUUGGGAUAUCUCAGCUAUGUAGGGAGUUCAGUGAGAAUAUUAUCACUCACCCAGGUUAUGUGGAUAUAUUUCCGGCAUCGCGUAUCCCAAAAGUCUUGCAUCAUCUCGUUAAGCCCAUUUAUCGUUCCACAUCCAGUACAGCUAGGGAAUCAUUCAAGUCAAGAGAUAACAUGAAAGAGAAAGGAUUUCGGAUAGUAACAGAGCCAAAUACUUUGUCCUUUAUACUACAGUGGGCAUCAGAUGCUGAGGUUAGGAAGAUGGCAUAUGUUCAAGGGAAUUCUGUCCCCCGCGAGAACCUUGGUAUUCUUGAUAAGCUUAUAGCUGCUCGCCAUGAGAUUGCUCAGAUAAUGGGAUAUAAAUCGUAUGCUGAAUUUUCAGUCUGUCCAAAUAUGGCUUCAACGCCAGAGGUUAUAAUGUCCUUUUUGCUUGAGAUGAGCAAAAUGGUCAGGCCCAAAGCUGACGAGGAGUUCAAGAAAAUUUGGGAUUUUAAGAGAGAAAAAGUUGGCCAAACACAUGGAGAUUUAGAGCCAUGGGAUGAAGCACACUUUACAGGGUUGAUGAAGUCUUCUGCUUACAACUUGAACUCCGUGGUUGUUGCAUCGUAUUUUCCUUUACCACAGUGUAUUGAGGGUUUGAAAGUGCUGGUUGAAUCACUGUUUGGUGUGACAUUUCGUAGCAUCCCUAUAGCACCUGGUGAAUCAUGGCAUCCAGAUGUGCUUAAGAUGUCUCUCCAUCAUCCUCAAGAGGGUGACUUGGGUUACUUAUACCUUGAUUUACAUUCAAGAAAGGACAAGUAUCCUGGCUGUGCUCAUUUUGCCAUUAAAGGGGGUCGCCGUAUCUCUGAAACAGAAUACCAACUUCCUGUUGUAGCCCUUGUGUGCAAUUUUUCGGGUUCACAUAAUUCAUCAACUGUGAGGCUUAACCACUGGGAAGUAGAAACUCUUUUUCAUGAGUUUGGGCAUGCUCUUCAUUCAUUGCUUUCAAGAACGGAUUACCAACAUUUUUCUGGUACCAGGGUGGUUCUUGAUUUAGCUGAAACGCCUUCAAACCUCUUUGAGUACUAUGCAUGGGACUAUCGUGUCCUGAAGACAUUUGCUAAACACUAUUCAACUGGUGAAGUAAUACCGGAGAAAUUGGUGGAUUCAAUGAAGGGUGCAAAAAAAAUGUUUGCUGCAACUGAGAUGCAACGUCAGAUCUUUUAUGCGUUAAUAGACCAAACUCUUUUUGGGGAACAGCCAUCCUCACCAAGAGAUACAAUCUCUGUUGUUGCGGAUUUGAGAAGACGACAUACCAGUUGGAAACAUGUGGAGGGUACACAUUGGCACACCCGAUUUAAUCACCUUCUAAAUUAUGGUGCAGGUUACUAUAGCUACUUGUAUGCCAAGUGCUUUGCAGCAACCAUAUGGCACAAUAUAUGCGAGGAGGAUCCACUAUCAUUAGCAACGGGAUCUGCUCUUCGGAUGAAUUUCUUGCAGCAUGGGGGAGCCAAAGACCCAGCCACUUUGUUGAAUGAUCUAGUAGGGAAUGGGAUUCUGAUGUAUCGUAAUGGAGGUAUAGUUCCCGAUAUUACAUGCCUUUGCAGUGAAAUGGAGCUCUGUAAAGAUUAUUAGCAAGAGCUACUUCUGGACGGAUGCGAAAAAAGACACAGCGGGGAAAUUACUUGGAGUUGCCGAGGUGUUUCACAUUCGUACACUGGUUAGUUUGAGAAAUGGCACAAUUCUAGUAUGUUCUUAACAUCACUCGCUAACAGUGUUGCUGAGGUAGCCAGGUCUCCUUUGUCAAGGAUGCAUGUGGAGCUGAAGAACUACGGCUGAGUAUUUAUUUAUUUAUUUUUAUUAAAAAAUGAAUAAUUCACUACAUCAUCUAUAAUUACAGAGGACCGAUCAAUGUUUUUAAUGGUGCAUAAUGAUCUCUGAUACGACGGCAUUUUUCACAUUUUGCCUAGUACGGCACAAGUGUCAUAAAUUAAUAGAGAUACUGGUCCUUAAAAAUUAUAAGUUAUCAUUGAAUUAACCUAUGGCUCAGAAAUAAAUAAAAUAAAAGAGCUUUGUGUUAAAUUUACUAUUA